GCCAUGGCUGGUUUGGAGCACACAGUGGUCUACCUGCCCCUGCCUCCCAAGGCAGAGAUUAAAAGCUUGCACCACCAUGCCCAGUCAAGGCUCACACUUCUGAUGAUAUCUUCGCUUUCUGCCUCAGCCAGUACCUUUGUUUACACAGUAGUAAAGUGAAGGAGCGUCUCUUCUCCCCACGGCCCUUCUGUCCCAUACCCAUCUAGCCCAUAAGGAAAGGGGCUUAUGGAUUUUGUAUCAGGUUAACAAGGCCUUCCCAGCAUUUCACAGAGGGCCUGCUCAAUGGAGUCCUGAGUAGGCUGGGCCAUGUUUCCAAAAGUGGCUCAUAGUCCACUGAGGAGGCCAGUCUGAAGAAUCUUCCAUUAGGACUCCAGUCCUUGGCGGGGCUGCUCUCUGGAGCCAGAUCAAACAGCAUCCUAGGGAGGAGCAAAGGCCUUUGAAGUCCGCUGUGCUGAGCGGACCAAGCAGAUCAAAGCCUGUAGAGCAAGCAGGCCUAGACCCAGAUGAAUUUUGUAUCAGCCUGGGUUCGAGAGCCUCUUGCUCUCCGAGGGCCACGAGGCGAUUGAUCUGAACUCUCGAUUGAUAUUCUAGCCUUGUAGGCAGGAGCAGCCCUUGCUGGGUGCCAUUUGAAAGGGAUGGGAGCCAUCCUUGUGAACAGACAAGGCCCUAGGAUAUUCAUUUUCUGUUCUUGCUUAGAGGCCGGGCUGCAUCACGUGGCCUAGUCAGUGGGAGGGAACAAACUAGCGCCAGGUUUGCAGAGCAGUCUCUGAUGUAUGGUCAGACAUGGAAUGGUCCCACGCUGAGGAUAGUUCCUGGUUUGGCUCUCCUGUUCUGGUGCUUUGUGUCUGGGUGACUAGAUGAGAAACAGAUGAAAUUCCUGGAGCAGCAGCGGGAUGAGACCAAACACGCUCAGGAGGAGGCCCGCCAACUCAAGAGCAAGAUGAAAACCAUGGAGCAAAUUGAGCUCCUACUCCAGAGCCAGCGGUCUGAGGUAGAGGAGAUGAUCCGAGACAUGGGUGUGGGACAGUCAGCGGUGGAGCAGCUAGCUGUGUACUGCAUAUCCCUCAAGAAAGAGUAUGAGAAUCUGAAAGAAGCUCGGAAGGCCUCAGGGGAGCUGGCUGACAGGCUGAGGAAAGACUUGGCGUCUUCUAGGAGCAAGCUGAAGACUGUCAACACUGAGCUGGAUCAGGCCAAGUUAGAACUGAGGUCAGCCCAGAAGGACUUACAGAGCGCUGACAAGGAGAUCACGAGCCUAAGAAAGAAGCUAACGAUCCUGCAGGGGACCUUGAGCCUGCCUCCAGUGACCAGUGAGACUGUCAGCCGCCUGGUUUUUGAGAGCCCAGCCCCCGUGGAAAUGCUGAAGCCAAGGCUUCACCGACCACCCUUCAGUGAUGAGAUUGAUCUCAACGCUACCUUUGAUGUAAAUACCCCUCCUGCCCAGACCUCCAGCUCCCAGCAUUGCCACCCCAAGAAGCUCUGCCUGGAGAGGGCACGCUCUCCCAUGCAGGACAUCCUCAAGAUACCCAAAGUCUCCAAGUCGGAGUCCCAGCUCUCACUGGGUGGCCAGCGAUGUGUAGGAGAGCCAGAUGAGGAGCUGGCUGGUGCCUUCCCUCUCUUCAUCCGGAAUGCUGUCCGGGGUCAGAAACAGCCCAACAGGACCACAGCAGAAUCCCGUUACAGCACAGAUGUGGUAAGAAUAGGCUUCGAUGGGCUUGGAGGACGAACAAAAUUCAUCCAACCUACAGACCCAACCAUUAUCCGACCAAUGCCUGUUAAACCCAAGGCCAAGAGUAAACAGAAAGUGAGAAUAAAGACUGUGAAUUCUGCCUCCCAGCCCAAGCUGGAUACCUUCUUAUGUCAGUGAAGUGACCAGAGUCAUGUCUUCAAUCAGUAGACCAAGACCUGGCCAACCGGAAGUGUUUUAGAAGAUGGCUCCUCUUGGAACAGUCUAAGAAAGAGGCCCAGAAAACACACUUACUGUGUUCACUGCGCCCUGUACCACACUGGGAAGUGACGUGACCAGUUUACAGUUCUGAUCAGCAGGGCCUGCUUCUAGUUGCAGGGUUUUGCUUAUAGCUACAACUGGGAGUGGCUGGGCUCCUUCUGGUUUUAUAGAACAGGGUCACAUUGACUCUUAAGUGGACGGAAGUGCUGGAGGAUUCCUAAGCAGGCCACCUUGAACUUCUGCCUGCCUCCAGUUUUAUUGCUUGAAAUGGGGGUUUUGGGGGGAUGAUAGGGAAGGUUUCCGUGUAAAAUAAAAAGGCAUCUUUUCUUCUA